UCCACAGUUAGUUUGCAAGUGCUUUGUUAUUUUGUGGGGAAUAGCACCAGUUUUGGUGGAUUGCACCAAAGUAUGCAACUUUUUAAAAAGUCACAUUUUCACGAAUCCCUGACCACUGCAAAAAAAUCAACCAAAAACACGUCUAACACAGCAACAAAGCAAAACACAGGGACCAGUGACCCUUCAGGAACCAGUGACCCUACAGGGACCAGUGACCCUACAGGGACCAGUGACCCUACAUUUUGUCCUUCAUCAUGGACUUCUUAUAAUGGAUACUGCUAUUAUUUGGAUCCUGAAAAUAAGAAUUGGAAGGACGCCUUGUCAUCUUGUAGGAAAGAAGGGGGUGAUCUUGCAAGUGUGCACAAUAGUGAAGAAGCAAGUGCUAUUGCCUCACUGUAUGAGGAGUCUGAUGCAGAUUAUGUUUGGCUUGGGUUGACUGACUUGAAGACUCAUCUAUUGCUUGAAUGGAGCGAUGGAUCUCUGGUGAAAUAUACGGCAUGGCAGAGAGGAGAACCAUCUCACCUCAAUAGCAGACAAGAGGAUUGUGUUGCAUUAUCCACUAAGGAUGGACAAUGGGCGGACAAGAUAUGUAAGGAAAUGUUCCCAUAUAUGUGCAAAAGAAAAUCCCUGCGGUAUGAACAAGGGCCAGUUAUCGGUGAUCACCCUGGAUGUGAUGAGGGUUGGAGGAGACACGGCUUCUAUUGUUAUCUAAUUGGUGAAUCCCUUAGUACAUUUGCAGAAGCUAACAGCACAUGUAACCAUCAUGGAGCCUUUCUGAUGACUAUUGAGGACAGGGCUGAACAGGAAUAUAUUACAAGUCUGAUUGGGUUUAGACCAGAGAAAUAUUUCUGGACCGGACUCUCUGAUACGGAGGAUAUGGACACUUAUAAAUGGGCCAAUGGGCAAGAGGUUUUGUAUACACACUGGAACGCUGACAUGCCAGACCAAAAACAGGGCUGUGUAGCUGUGAGAACUGGAAACAAAGCUGGAUUAUGGGAUGUUAUAAUCUGUGAAGAAAAGACUAAGUAUGUGUGCAAAAAGUGGGCACAAGGAGUGACACCACCGCCACCUAUCCCGACAACAACAGCAGAACCAACGUGUCCAAGUAAUUGGAGUUCACUAGGCCAUGCAUGCUACAAGUUUUACUCAUUAUUGGAUUAUGAAAGAAAGAACUGGUUUGAAGCAAGAGAUUUCUGCAGAUUUAUAGGAGGUGACUUGCCUAGUAUCACCAACAGGGAUGAUCAAGCUGCAGUGCAAAUAAUUACGAGAAAAUUUAAUGUGUACCUUUCAAGUGCGUGGAUUGGCCUACAGUACAGAUAUCCAUAUGAAGGCCCUACAUGGUCGGAUGGCUCACCUUUUUAUUAUGGAAAUUGGGACCGUGGUGAACCAAACAGUGAAAAAGGGAAAAGGAUCUGUGGAGCGAUUAAGUUUUCUUUUGCUCAAUGGCAAUUGUUAGACUGUGACACUGCAACGCACUGGUUUUGCAAGAUAAAAAAAGGAGCGGUAUUAAAGGAAGAACCAAAGGCUACUGAAUAUGAAUUUACAAGUGACGGCUGGCUAAUCUACAAUGGCAGCCAAUACUAUAUUAGCAAGGAUCAACUGCCAAUGGAGAAAGCGCAAGAAUUUUGUAAUCACAAUUUUUCCCAUCUUGUCACCAUUAACAGUGAAUCUGAGUGGAAAUUCCUUUGGAAAUAUAUUAGAAACCAAAGAAAAGACAGGCAAUAUGCUUAUUACAUUGGUCUACGUUCUGGACUGGACAGAGAAUUCAUGUGGAUGGAUCGUUCUCCGAUUGACUUUGUUGCCUGGAAGGAAAACCAACUUGACUUUGUCCAUAGAAAUGAGUUGUGCACUGAUUUGGUUACAUACAAUGGACUUUGGUAUCACGUAAAUUGUGGUAAUCAUAGAGCAUUUAUCUGCGAAAGGACAAAUAGUUCCAUUAAUACAACAUUUGCUCCAAUUAUUUCUGCACCAGACGGUGGAUGCCCAUCAAAUUGGCUUUCGUUUGGACAAAAGUGUUAUGGAAUAUUUGGCACAGGAAAAGAUGAAGGAGUUCACUGGCAUAAUGCCAAACGUGAAUGUCAGUACUUAGGAGGAAACUUGGUCACCAUAAACGAUGAUUUGGUACAAUCUUUUUUGAUAUCUAAUUUAAAAAAUGUCAAGGUAGAUGUGUGGAUCGGAUUACAUGACUUGUUUAACAAACGCAAAUUUCUUUGGGCGGAUCAAAGUGGAGUUUAUUAUACAAACUGGGCCAAAGGUCGACCAAUGCCAAUUUGGAAUAGUCUUGGUAUUAUUCAUAAGACUGAAUGUGUGGCUUUACAAUAUGGACGUAUAUUUUAUGGUGGUUUAUGGAUGGACACGGAUUGUAGUCUGAAUAAAGGAUACAUCUGCCAGAAAUAUAAGGAUCCGAGCCUUCCAGUUAUUCCAACCACUCCUCCUGCUCAUGGCUAUUAUACCUACGGAGAUGCCAGAUACAAGUUUGAUAAAACCAAGAGGAGUUGGGAUGAAGCGCGUCAGGAGUGCCGGAAGGAUAAUUCACAGCUAGCCAGCAUCUUAGACGAGUACACCACAUCUUUUCUAAAACUCCACUUGGUUAAACAUAAAGAACCUUUUUGGAUCGGCCUAUACAGUAGCAAAGAGACUAAAAAUACAUAUAAAUGGGUUGAUAACUGGAGAGUGCGCUACACAAAAUGGGCUGCUAAGGAGCCUCGCAAACAAAUUUCCUGUGUAUUUGUGGAUACAGAUGGACAAUGGAAGACAUCGCCUUGUAAUGAGCGUUAUUCUUCAAUCUGCAAGCAAACAGAUGUUGUUGCUCCCUCUGACCCACCUGGAAGACCUGGAACAUGUCCCAACACAACAUCAGAGGCCUGGAUUCCCUUCCGUAACCAUUGCUAUUUUUUUGAAUCAACUAACACCAGUGCGUGGUCUCAGGCAUCCAGAAGUUGCAAACAACAUGAUGCCAUUUUGACUUCAAUUGAAGAUUCAACUGAACUUGAUUUCCUUCAUCGUAAUGUUGAGUUAGUCGGCAACCGAAAAGAAAAAUUUUGGAUCGGACUGUUCAAGAAUGUGGAAGGAAAAUGGCUUUGGUUGGACAAUACAAGCAUGGACUUCAUAAACUGGGAAAAUGAGGCACCCCAUGGAGAUAUAUCUUCAUUCUGUGUGAUGAUGGAUGCCGAAAAAGGAACGUGGAACAUUGUAUGGUGCGGUAGAUUCAUUGGGUACAUAUGUAAAACAUUAAAAACUCCUCUGCCCACUGAAACGAUAAUCGAGCAAACAGAAUCAAAAUCAUCACAUGGCAUGACCAUUGGUGUGGUUGUUCUUAUUAUUCUUGUUGUUGCUGGCACGGCCAUUGCUGUCGUCUUUGUAUAUAGGAGGAAAAAGGACAAGUCACAACCAGAAAAUGUUUUGGAUAGCAGAAUAUACUUUGACAGUAAAUGUGCGGCUGUGACACAUGAUACAAACAUUUUAGUGGAAAACAUCGAGGAAAAUGAACAUGAAGAUUCUAAUCUUAUGUAUGAUCCAAGUGCAACUGCACUAUAAUAUCCAGGCUGUAACAGGCUCAUGUGUGACACUCAUCUACAAGGAAUAAAUAGGACGGUGCGCAAGAUGAUCCAUACUGUAAUAAAAUGAUCUAUAUAUAAAAAUUAGAGAAAGUAAGUUACUGUACAAUUGUUAAGUGGAAAUUAAUUAUAAAUUAUAAAUUAAAGGAGAAGUCCAGUGGUGACUCAGUGGUGAACAACUUA